CCCGCUCGUACGGGCUCUUCUGCAAGGGGCUGACCCGCACGCUGCUCAUCUUCUUCGACUUGGCCUGGAAGCUGCGCAUCAACUUCCCCUACCUGUACAUCGUGGCGUCCAUGAUGCUCAACGUCAGGCUACAGGUUCAUAUUGAGAUUCAUUAACUCAUGACCUAUGCUGCAGCUAAAGGGAAUUCCACCAUAUACUGUGGCUCAGUACAGUGCGGGGCUGGAAGACAGACGAGUGAUGCAUUUAUCUUGUAUUGAUACGGAACAGGAAGGUGAUUUAGGACAUGAGCAAUUGCGUAAAAAUGCCCUAAAUCAGAAGAAUGAGGAUUUUCAUCUUCCAAAUAUCCGUUCAUUAGACAACAGCACUCAUGUGAAUGAUAAUGAUUUGCAAAAGGAGUUCUUCUCUCUCAAGAUCAGGAAUUGUACUCUAUUUAAAGCUGUCCCACUGCCUCAUAUUGGCAAAAAAAUGCCACCAUAUCUGAGCGAUACAGCAAAUGGAGCGGCAUUCUCCAAGGAAUCUCUCGGUCUGCUUUUUUCUCCAGAAAGUGAUCCUUUUGAGAAGAUCUUUAAUAGCUUUGAUAGCACCGUGGUAACUGGCUGGCUGCAGAGAGCCCACAACUUCAUUAGCAAAAUGGGUUUAUGGAGUCUCUCUGGUGACAACUUUGUACGCUUUGCACAUUUCUGGCUGUCUGAACUCCAGGAUAAUCAAAAGCAGCAACUGUUGGAACUGGAAAUGGGGGUUAUCGAAGAUGAAGUCCGCCUUGCUUUCCUUGGGGGAUCAGACUCCAAGAAAUUCCCGCCUUCUGACUUGAAUUGCGUUCUUGCGGCUGCAUUGAGUGAAUAUCCCACGGGACUAGUAAACAACCAGAACCCAUUCAUUUUUCUUGACUGCUUAAACCUCAUGUCUUCAGCAAAUACACCUGAGUAUAAGGAAAUGCUUUCAAGUAUACAGUGCGCAACCAAGAAUCCUCAGAUAGCCCAGUGGUUACUAGCUAUGCGAGCAUUUGCACUUGCAAGUCUCUGGCUUGCAAUAGUGAAGUUCUAUGAGACAUUGGUCAAAACCCAGCUCUCUUCUGAAGAACCUAUCAAGAGUUCUGUUUCUGCUGCUAGAAAGCAAUCCAGUGAAGUGGUUAAAGAAAGGGCUCUACAGGCUGUCCAGCUGGGAUAUACAGAUGUCUUGGAUUAUCUUUUUAGAAACCAGAAGCUUGAUUUUGGUGUUGUGGAUGAAAAGAACAGAAAUCUUCUAUUUUUAGCCAUUAUAUAUGAUCAGUCUAAGAUUUUGGACUAUUUUCUUGAACUGGCCCUUCCAGUACCUGAUGUGAACCAAGCAGCAGAAAAUGGAAACACACCACUUCAUGCUGCUGUAAACACGGGGAAGAUGCACCUUGUCUCUUUGCUCUUGCAUUACCCUGGAAUUAAUGUGAACGUCCCAAAUCCGCAGUGUUAUGGAGCAACUGCUCUACAUUUCGCUAUUGCUUAUGGGCAUAUGGGAAUUUGUUAUUUAUUGCUGAAUGCCUCCGCUGAUGUAGAAAGUCCCAUGGGAAGGCUAACACCUUUGCAACUCUCCGAAAUGUCCGGGAAUGAAACCAUAACUAGUCUUAUACAAAUGUACGUAAAAAAAAACAAGCUUGAAAAUAAAAUGUUAAAUUCCUGAUUUAAUUGAAGAAGAUUCUCUGCACAUUUUGAAAUAAAUGCAUUCUAAUUUUUGUAUUAAAACUUAUACCCAUCCAAACACAAA